AUCAGAUAAAUAUAUAGAAUCGAUAAGGAUGUCAAAUAUUGCGUUGCAAGUACGUCAGUCUGUUCCUUCAGUAGAUCCUAUUGUUGUUGAGUAUGCUACUGGGUAUAUUCAACAUGUAUCAAAAGCUACUGAAGAUAUGGUUUUAGCUCAACAAAUUGAUAUAGAUGGAGAAAUUCAAUUUAUUCAAGAUCUUUUAGUAAAUGCUGGUGGAUCUGAUGAAAAAGUAACCACUUUAAUGAAGAAUAUAAAUGAACAAUUAAGUUCUAAAUUACGAGAAAAUAUGGCUAAAUUAGAACUUACUGGUGAUACUUCUAAGAGAUUAUUAGAUGUAAAUUUAUUAAAUCAAACUAAUUCAAAGAGAGAUAUUAAUACAUCUUUAGCUUUAUUAGGUGCAACUCAUGAUAUAGAACAUACUGGUAGAAAAAUGGAAAGUAGAGUUGAUAAGAAGAAAUUAGAAAAACAAGAAAGAAAGAUUGCUAAGAAAGUGGCUAAAAGAAAUAAUAAAUUUGUUCAAUAUGAAGCUUCUAAAUUAUUAAAUCAAAAGAAAGAUGAUGAUUAUGAUUCAUUUUUCCUUGAAAUCAAUCCUUUAGACUUUGGUUCUAGUGCAGGUAAAUCUAAAGAUAUUAAAAUUGAUAAUUUCGAUUUAUAUGUUGGAGAUGGUCAAAGAAUUUUAAGUGAAGCAUCUUUAACCUUGGCAUAUGGAAGAAGAUAUGGUUUGGUUGGUCAAAAUGGUAUUGGUAAAUCUACAUUAUUAAGAGCAUUAUCAAGAAGAGAAUUAAAUGUUCCUAAACAUAUUACUAUUCUUCAUGUUGAGCAAGAAAUACGAGGGGAUGAUACACCCGCAUUACAAAGUGUUUUAGAUGCUGAUGUUUGGAGAAAGAGUUUAUUACAAGAAGAACAAAAAAUCAAUGAAAGAAUUGUUGAAAUUGAAGCCUUAAGAGGUGAAUUUGAUGAAGAAUCAAAUGAAGUUAAAAAAUUAGAUAAUGAAAGAGAAGAUUUAGAAGCUCAUUUACAAGAAGUUAGUGAGAAAUUAUACAAUAUGGAAUCAGAUAAAGCAGAAAGUAGAGCUGCUGGUAUAUUAUAUGGUUUAGGUUUUACUAAAGAGACUCAACAUUUACCUACCAAGCAAUUCUCUGGUGGUUGGAGAAUGCGUUUAUCACUUGCAAGAGCAUUGUUUUGUCAACCUGAUUUACUUUUACUAGAUGAACCUUCUAAUAUGUUGGAUGUCCCAUCUAUUACUUUCUUAGCUAAUUAUUUACAAGGUUAUAAAUCAACUGUUUUAGUUGUUUCACAUGAUAGAUCAUUCUUAAAUGAAGUUGCAACUGAUAUCAUUCAUCAACAUUCUGAAAGACUUGAUUAUUACAGAGGUUCAAAUUUCGAUUCUUUCUAUUCUACUAAAGAAGAAAGAAUAAAGAAUCAAAGAAGAGAAUAUGAGAAUCAAAUGGCAUAUAGAAAACAUUUACAAGAAUUUAUUGAUAAAUUUAGAUAUAAUGCCGCCAAAUCUUCAGAAGCUCAAUCUCGUAUAAAGAAAUUAGAGAAAUUACCUAUUUUGGAACCACCAGAAGAUGAAAAAGUUAUUACAUUUAAUUUCCCUGAUCCAGAUAAAUUAUCUCCACCAAUCUUACAAAUGCAAAAUGUUACAUUUGGUUAUUCACCAGAUAAAAUACUUAUGAAGAAUGUUGAAUUAGAUGUUCAAAUGAAUUCUAGAAUUGCAUUUUGUGGUGGUAAUGGUACAGGUAAAACAACUUUAUUAAAAUUAUUAAUGGAACAACUUUCACCUUUAGAAGGUUUAAUAUCAAGAAAUGGUAGAUUAAGAAUUGGAUAUUUCGCACAACAUCAUGUUGAUGCAAUGGAUCUUAAUCUUUCUGCUGUAUCUUGGAUGUCUCAAACUUUCCCAGGUAAAACUGAUGAAGAAUAUAGACGUCAUUUAGGUUCAUUUGGUAUUACCGGUAGUUUAGGUUUACAAAAGAUGGAUUUAUUAUCAGGGGGUCAAAAAUCAAGAGUAGCAUUUGCUGCACUUUGUUUAAAUCAACCACAUAUUUUAAUUCUAGAUGAACCUUCUAAUCAUUUGGAUACUCAAGGUUUAGAUGCUUUAGCAGAUGCUUUAAAUAAUUUUGCUGGUGGUAUAUUAAUGGUUUCACAUGAUGUUACAAUCAUUGAUAAAGUUUGUAAUGAGAUUUGGGUAAGUGAAGAUAAUACUGUUAAGAGAUUCCCAGGUAAUAUUCAUGACUAUAAGAAACAUAUUUUAGCUGCUGCAGAUAUUGCUGGUGUUGUUAGGAAGCAUUAAAUCUUUUGUGUAUAAGUUUAGGUAUAAUAAUAUAUAUAUAUAUAUAAC